AUGAAAUUCGAAGCUCUAAUGAACGACCAAGCGGCUAUGAGAACAUUUUCAAAUGUUUCUCUAAGCUUGAAAAAAAUCGGUAAAACAUGCAUUCUAAAAUUAAGCAAAAAUAAAGUCUUCUUCAUAUUUUCUGAAAAAGCAAUAGGCUUCCGACGCCCGUCAGUGUGGUGCGAACUGCCUAUUAGAUUUUAUUUUGAAGAGUACGAAGUGGUGAGGAUGGACAAGGCGAAAAAUGACAUUUUUUUAGAAUUACCUACAGCAUCAUUGGCUGAAACCUGUUCGAUUUUGAAACAAAAUACUAACCUGGUCAAAAUAAAAAUAACAGAAUCCGAUGAUUCCGAUGCGAUUUAUUUGACAUUUGACAUGGAAUUGCCGAUGCGUGCAGUAAAAUUAUUGGCAGAAAAAUAUUGGAGCGGCUACGGAGAAGAACCCGCAUCCAAUGCUUUUCAUGCCUCAAUUCAAAUGCCCCAGUGGAAAAACAUAAAACCAGUUGUGGAUAGCAUAAAAAAUCUCAGCGAGUGGAUAUCACUUAGUAUUGAAGAAACAGGCAAACUUACUCUGGAAAACUUCGCUUUGGACAUUGAUACGAGCGCAGUGAAGUUGAAAGCAGAUUUUCCUGAAUUACUGGUCCACAGUUUCGUCCCAGCAAAUAUUCCAAACACAGAUGAAGAUAAUGUCAAAGUAACAGCAACGAUAGAUUCGAAGAAAUUUUUGAAUUACCUUUCGGGGAUGCAAAUUUUGAAUUGUCCAGCUAUUUGCAGUAUUGCUCACGAAAGAUUGGUUAAAUUGUCCUUGGACGCGCCUGGAAGAGUGAAAUUACAAAUUUUUGUGUUUCAGUUUCUCACUUGA